AUCAGGACUAGAGCUGAAAAUUACCAUUAUAAAAACAACGUUGCCAAAUUAUCAGGCACGGUAGUGGGAACAACAGGAGUUGCACUGGUUGUAGGGUCUCUGGCAUGGGCCCCUGUGACUGCAGGAAGUUCCCUGAUACUAGGAGCAGGUGGAGCAGUUAUGUCAGUAACAGGCAGCUUGACUAAUGUGAUAACAGACUAUGUAGACUAUAAAACAACAGAAAUCAUUAUGGAAGAUAUCAAAACCCUCUCUAAAGAAAAAGAAAUGUUUGAUGUGUGGAUGCAAAAAAGUCUUUCCCACUUCAACGAGUGUAUUGAUCAGCUUGUCUCAGAAGGAGUAAGCAGGGAUGUUGCCAUUUCUACUAUAAUUGAAGGUAUAGCAAAAGGUGCUAUAAACAUUUUAGAAAAACCAACUAAUGCAGUUUUAACUACGUUGAGUACUGCCGCAAAAUUGCAUCAUUUAGAACAUAUUGCCAUUGGUACUUUGCCUGUUUUAGGCAAGACUUUCCAUAUAACUGAGAAGAGUUUUCAGUUUGUCUACAAUGUGCUGGGAUUAACAGGGAGAACUAUACCAACUUUAAUGAAGGACUUCGCCAAAAUAUCAGGAAUUUUAUCUAUGGCAUUCGUAGUAGCCGAUAUAUCUUUACUCAUUAAAGAUCUGUCUUCAGAACAUCCCUCAGUAGAAAUCAUUGAUAAGGGACUCAAACAGUUAGAGGAUGAAAAAAAUAUUUUGGAAGACCUUUUGGACAUAAUUGUGGCAGCUGGAGGCUGUAAAGAACAUGUCUUAGAAAAGGCUCUGAAAGAUAUGGGAAUGAUAGAAGACGAAGAAUUAUUACUCAAAGAUUUCGUGGUUAUUAAUGAUGAAGAAUUUCACGAAAAAGCUGGAAUUAAUGCACAGUGAUAUAUUUUUUAAAAAAUAUCUUGUAAAUAAUUUUUUUUACCUAAUAGAUUGCACAAAUCUCAAGUAAAAAGACAAGAAAUAUAUUUAUUUUUAAGUACCUAGACCUAGAAUGAUUUAAAUAAAAUAUACAUUAAUAUACCCCUAAGAAAAAAUGCUUUAAAUAAAAUAUUUUAGGGU